AUGAAUCCCAAUCCAGUUUUACAACUUGAAUUGUACGAUCCGCCAAACAAUCUAAGCAUACCAAUUAAUUCAACUCUAUAUUUAAGAUGUCAGGUUCCUGUUGAACCCAAACAAACUGAUAGUAUCUAUGUAAUAUGGAGAUUUCGACAUUCACACAAAGAUCCAGCACCAAAUAUUUGGAGUUUCAUUCACAAGGAUGAUGAUUUAGCUAGAUGUCCGGAACCACCUAACAAAUGUGAAUUCGUUAAUCAGUACAGUGUAUUUAAUAAAUUCAAUCAAUCGCCUUUUAAUAACCCAAUUGCAGCUAAUAAAUUGUCUGCAACAAAUGAUAUUGAACUUAUUCAAAGAAGGCAGUUAUUUACAGUUACAUUAACUAAUUUACAAUCAGAUAUGAAUGGAUUAUUUCAGUGUCAGACUUUAGUAAAUUUAGAUGCAUAUGAUAAACGUGGAUACUUAAAUAUUCUAGCUCCUCCACAGCAUCCUUUGGAAAUAGUAAGAAUCGAUGAUACUAUGCCACCAGAUACUGAAAUAUUCAAUUAUUCAAAGAAUUUGGAAAAGACGUUUACUAUUAUUAGUGGAAAAUUAUAUUAUUUCAGUUGCCUUAUCACUCAUGCUAAUCCCAAACCGGUUGUAACCUGGUUUAUUCGAUAUUCUAACGACGAGAUUCGGGAACUUGUUACAUUUGAUAAUUUAAAUUAUAGUAAACAAUUAUGGAAACCAUUUUCAAAUUAUGUGGAUACACAGACAUCUGAUGUUCUAACUCAUGAAGAUGAUGGUACAUUUUUAAAAUGUUCAGCUACAAAUUCUAUGGGUUUAGCAUCUUCUGAAGAAGUGAACUUAAAUAUUGAAUAUGUGCCAAUCAUAUAUCCUUUUGAAUCUAAUCCAAUACGUGUACUAGAAACUACUUCAUUUAAACAAGUAUGUAGGAUUAAAGCAAAUCCUGCAGCUCGAAUUCAUUGGGUCGAUGAAAAUCAAAAUGUGGUUUCAAAUAACUCUUUACUUGAUACACAUUAUGUGAGCAGAAAUGGGCCAAAAAUAUACAAAUGUAUAGCUUCUAAUGUAAUCGGAGAAACUAAUCAAAAGUUGCUGAUUGAUGUAUUAUAUCCUCCUACUGUUCAUGUUCAGCCAAAAGUAACUGUUAAUGAAGGUGAAGCAUUAGAAAUAGCUUGUCGUGUUGAUGCAAAUCCAGUUGCUUCAUCAAUAUACUGGACUUAUAAUAAAUUUCCUGAUCAAACGAAUAUACGUGAUCAACCAAAUUUACAUUGGUUUCAAUCUAAGCGAAUAGAUGGUUCCGUCUUGAAAAUUCCUUAUACAUAUCCACAUCAUUCAGGACAAUAUUAUUGUCAUGCAGACGCUGAGAUUUAUAUGCCACAAGAUCUAUGGUUAUCUCAAAAUUUAUCAACUUCCAGUGAAGUAUGGUCUAUUUGGCAACAAAGAUCUAGAUCAUUUGCAGCAGUUAAUUUAACCAUAAACUACUCUCCUGGAAAACCUACUUUAACUGUAGUAUAUUCGACUAAUAAUAAAGGUGAAGAUUAUAUUAUAUUACGAUGUCAAGAAAAUUCCUCAGUACCUGGUCUACCACGUCCAACAAUUCAUUGGCUUCGUACAAUUGGAAUGAAUGAAAAAACUGAAAUUAUAAAUCAGUACUUUAAUUAUGAAUAUAAUGAACAGUCAAAAAGUUUUAUAAUUAAAUUAUAUAAUUUAAGUAUAUAUGAUUCUGGAAUCUAUAGUUGUUUUGUAAAAAAUGAACUUGGAUCAAGUCAAUUAGCAUCUGUAAAUGUUCUCAUUAAAAGUAAACCUGUUUUAAUAAAUAGACCAAAUGAAAAAAUGAUUCUUAAAUUUGAAAAUGUUCAUUUAUUAAAACAAAACACAACUCAUCAACAAGAUAACAUUGAAAAUUUCUUAGAAUACACUAUACAUAUAAUUCCUGAUAAUAAUAAUAAUAAUAAUAAUAGUAAUAAUAAUAAUAAUAUGAAUUGUACAUUUCUAUCCAGUUUAACAUCUGAUGUUCAAUGGUUAUUUCAAAGUGAUCAAACAAUAAAUGAUUUAAAUAAACAUAUAAUGAUUGAUCAAAAUCUUUUAAAACAAUGGACAAAUAAUUAUUUAAUUAAAAAUAAAUUUGGUUUAUGGAAAAUUAUAACAUCAUUAAAUUUUCAAUUCAAUUCAAUUAUAUUAUAUAUAAAGAAUUCAUUCAAUAAAAUAAUGAAUCAAUUAAAUCAUGAAUAUCCUAAUCAAUUCAUUCCAUAUAAUUGGGAUUAUUAUGUAUUAAAACAAUUCAUUGAAUUUUUAAUUAUUCUUCAAUUUCAAGGUAAUUAUUUAUGUGAAUUAACAAAUUCAAUAGGAAUUGAACAUGGAUUAAUUAAUUUAAUGGUACAAAGUGAGUAG